UUAUAGAUAAUGAUUGGGCGAUUAUUAAUUUAUCCACUAAAAAUGAGUUUAAUAUUAUAAUCAUUAAUCAUUAUUCACUAUCCGACAUUCCGACUUUUGGCAAUUUUGUACCAUUGAAUAAGUACAAAAGCAAUAAAUUUCCGUUUCUAAUCCUAUUCAAUUUUUUCUCAUAUUAUUAAGUAUUUAAUUUUUCUUCUGUCAACAUAAUAUAUUUAAAAUGACAGAAAACAAGGAAUCCAAAGAAACCAAAUUUAAAGAAUUGGUAUCCUACAGCGAACCGGCUCUUCGCAAUAAUUCUUCAGUCGUCGAAUACUGCCGUACGUCAAUGUCUGCUUUAUCUGGGUGCACUGCUGGCAUUCUUGGAUUGACUGGACUAUCUGGCUUCGUUUUCUACAUAUUUUCCGUUUUAGCACUAUGGGGUUUGUUACUGUUCAAAGCAGGAAACUUGUGGCAAAAAUAUUUCCUUAACAGACAUAGUCUAUUAACAGGAGGUUUUUUCAGUGGACUUUUUACAUAUGUAUUAUUUUGGACUGGUGAUCAAACGAUGUUGCAAAGGGCAGAUCCCCACCCAUGAGCAUUUUUUAUACAUUUAUAAUAACUUAAAAAGGUAACCUACAUUCUUUUUUAAUGAUGAAAAUUAUGUAUGUGAAAAAAUCAGCCUUAUGACCUUACAAAAUCAUUGACCACCACUGAUUUGGACAUUUGGCAUAUAGUUAAGCUUGUUAUGGUAGUUUUAUUCUAUCAUUUCAAAUAUUAUGUUAAUGACGAGGUGUAAGCUUUUUGCAAGGAUAUUUUAUCAACUACAAAUUUCUAAGUUUGCAAAAGAGUUACAUUUUUUCUGUUGACCAUUUACUUUAAUUUAAAAAUUAAUAUAUUAUCUUGAAAAAUUUAUUACAAUUCUAAAUUUUGCAUAAUACAUACAUUGAAUUACAUUUUACAUGACGUAUUACUACAAUACUAUUUUUAUAAGAUAACAAUUUAAAUUCAAAUUUUGACAUUAUUAUUUUCAGUAGGACUUAAUGAAUAUUUUAAGAGCUAUUUUACAAACUACUGAACUUCAAAUAAUUUGAAAUGUAGCAAAAGAUAAUUUUGAAGGAUUGUGUGUAUAUUUUUAAUACAUUUCAAAAUCAAUACUUAUUAUUAACUUGAGUUUAAUUUAUAUAGCAUAUUAUAUUUAUUUAUUUACAUAUAUCCAGGGAUCUAUUACAGGAUGUAGUAUUUGCAAGGGAUAUGUGCCCUGAGGAUCCUCUGCAGUAUGAUACAUUUAUAGUACGCUCGAAAAAAAAUUAAUAAAAAAAAAAAUUUGACAAUUAAUAUUGAAUGAUUUUAAUCUAUCAAUGUAUGGGUGGAGAUAAUAGUAUUCAGUGUGGAUAUAUGAAUUAUGUUGGACGUACAUUUUGCUAACCUUCUCUAUGCAAACUUAUAAUUUGAAAAUGAUGCAACACUCAUUCUAAACGAACUUACUUUUUUU